AUGGGAAGUGCUUCCAGUCAGACGACCGGCUUCUGCGAGUGCAGGGAUGUCGUCAACAAGAUCCUCACUGCCGAUGCCACCGAUGAUUGCGCGAUGCAGAUGGUGGCUGGUACAGACGAGAUGGAGGCCAAGCCGUUCGACGAUGUUUGCAAGGCCGUGAAGGUCGCGCCCACGACCGCCACAGCUCCUCCAAAGAAGCAAAAGAUCCAGGCGCGGCCGAAGGUCGAGGAUAAAGACGGCGGCAGCUACCAAGGGGAAUGGCUCGGCUGCUGGCGGCAUGGCAAAGGCAUCCAGGUCUGGUCGGACGGUGCGAGAUACGUGGGGCAAUGGUACCACGACGUGCCGCACGGACAGGGACGCCUUGAGCAGGGCGAUGUCUACGACGGCCAGUGGAAGAACGGGAAGGCCCACGGACGUGGAGUGCACGUCUCCACCAACCAUGUGAGGUACGAGGGCGAAUGGCGGAACGACUACAAGCAUGGUCAGGGGGAGGAGUUCUACUCUGAUGGAGGCCGCUACACCGGAGGCUGGGCCGAUGGGAAGAAGUCCGGGGAGGGCACUUUCCGCUGGCUGGACGGCUCUGAGUACAAGGGCGCCUUCCAUGACGACCUCUUCCAUGGCCAGGGAAAGCAGAGAUGGGCCGAUGGUCGCGUCUACGAGGGCCAGUGGGAGGCCAAUCAGAUACAUGGUUCCGGCCGCUUCAAAUGGCCGGAUGGCCGUACCUACCAGGGCCAAUACGUCCAGGGACUGAGGCACGGCCAGGGUAAGUUCAAGUGGACCAAUGGCCGAGUCUACGAAGGUGAGUGGCAGCUCGGCAAACAGCAUGGCCAAGGAGCCCUCACCGUGGAGGGGAAGGUCACCAAAGGUGAGUGGAAGUCUGGCGUACGAGUAAACUAA